AAAAAACAACCCAAUGGCACUCUCAUCUCAAAAAUGAUGGACCAAUCAUUCCCACUACGCAGACAAGAAAUUGUAAAAAAGGAGCCUGCUGUACUGACCAUGGUUGAACGAUGGCCAGCACUCUUCACAGAGAGACAGGUGUUUGCUGAGUUUAAUAGAAUUGCCAGUAAAAAUCUUGAGGGAGACUUCUUUGAGGCUCUGGACCAGUACACCCCACGUUUCAUCGAGCUUUUCAAAACAAAAAAGGGAACUGUUGGCCAGAAACUCAGUGAGCUGAUGCAGCACAUGAGCUGGAUGACACCAGACGUGACCGUACUUCGCUCUGUUGUCCUCAAAGGCAUUCCCAUUUUACUUGGUGACAACUCCAGUGAAUUCUUCAAGACAUGCUCUGAUACAGCGAGAGACGAGGCUCUAGAAUGCAUCACUGUUGGUGUGCUGACAGCUGUCAGUGAAGACAGUCCUCACGAGGGUCCAAGUUCAGUGGACCUCCAGCCCAUCUCCACUGCCAUCAUUCUUGAGGGAGGUAUUGUCAUGGAUCGUAUUACAAACUUGCCUCAGGCAGUUUGUCUGUUAUUUGGGCUUACAUAUGCUUUGCAUUUGGAUUACCCAAAAUGCAUGGCAAAUACACUGAACUUCAUUCAGACUGUGAUGCUUGGACUGGGAAAGAAAAACCUUCCACCAAAACUGUUAACUCUGAAGAACAGUCUGCUGGGUUAGACAGGUGAAUAGCCAUAGCACCUUGUAAGUUAUGCAGCCAUUUAUGUUCCCCUGUUAUCAGAGAAAGCUGGCUUGUUUAUGAUCUCAGUUUUAAAAAACAUUCCAUUAAAGUCUGUACCAUGUUAUGCUGGUAUGCCAAUGGUGGAAAUAGCGCCACCUUGUAAUGCAAAGAAUUGUUGUCAGAAAGGAACCUAGCAAGGUUAACCUGUUUACAUUUGUGUUUUGGGAAAACGUAAUAGUUAUAAUGUAGUACAAAUACAAAACCCAAGGGGUGAUGUUUUUCUUUCUGUUGGUUUAAACCUGGGACUGAUGCUCACUUUGGGACACAAAAUCAUUUGUUGUACUUUCAGUUUUUAUCAGAAAUGCAAUGAUUUUUUGUAAUAAAAGUUGUAAUGCA